AAGCCAUCAGCAAAACAAGGGUUUGGAAAACCCUCAUUUGUUCUUCUUCCUUCUCUCGUUUCUUCUUCAAAAUCUAUCAAUAGAUCGAGACCUGACCACCAAAUCGUUCGUCGUCAACCUCAUGGAGCCAAGAUCGCUCCUUUCUCCACCGAGAACAGUUCCUCCUUACUCCUUCCCCCUCCUAAUCUCCUCCUCGUCCUCCACGAGAUCGUCCUGCCUCCUCUUCCCCAGGAAAGCCGCCUUCUUUGGUACUAAUCUCGCCGAGGGAUUGGCCAAUCCGCUAAAUCUGUCAUCUUGCCGGCGUUCCUUCACCAUUACCGCCGCCGUCAAGUGGCGGAAGGAGGCACCUUUCGACAGCGUGAUCGAGCGCGAGAAGAAGCUGAAGUUGGUGCUCAAGAUCCGCAACAUCCUCGUGAGCCAGCCGGACCGCAUCAUGAGCCUCAAACAGCUCGGCCGAUUCCGCCGAGACCUCGGCCUCACGCGGAAGCGCCGCUUCAUCGCGCUCCUCCGCCGCUUCCCGGCCGUGUUCGAGAUCGUGGAGGAGGGUGUUUACUCCCUCCGCUUCCGGCUGACUCCCGAGGCCGAGCGGAUUUAUCUGGAGGAGUUGCGCGCCCGGCAAGAGAUGGAGCAGCUGCACAUCGUCAAGCUGCGCAAGCUACUGAUGAUGGCGCUUGACCGGAGGAUCCUCCUUGAGAAGAUCGCCCAUCUGCGCCACGACCUUGGGCUCCCGGCCGAGUUCAGGGACACCAUCUGCCGCCGCUACCCACAGUACUUCCGGGUCGUACCCACUGACCGCGGCCCUGCACUUGAGCUCACACAUUGGGAUCCUGAGCUUGCCAUCUCUGCUGCCGAGGCUGCAGAAGAGGAGAACAGAAUACGCGAGGCCGACGAGCAGAAUUUGAUCAUCGAGAGGGCUCCCAAAUUCAAACGAGUAAAGCUUCCCAGAGGCUUGAAUCUGUCCAAGGGAGAGAUGCGGAAGUUGAACCAAUUCAAGGAGAUACCUUACAUAUCUCCAUACUCUGAUUUCUCUGAAUUGAGGCCUGGCACACCAAAGAAGGAGAAGCAUGCCUGCGCCGUUGUCCAUGAGAUUCUAAGUUUCACACUCGAAAAGAAGACAUUGGUUGAUCACCUCACCCACUUCAGGGAGGAGUUCAGGUUCUCACAGCAGCUUAGGGGAAUGCUUAUCAGGCACCCCGAUAUGUUCUAUGUCUCACUUAAGGGGACAAGGGAUUCUGUUUUCCUUCGCGAAGCUUAUCGCGACUCACAGUUGCUCGAGAAGGAUAGGAUGUUGAUUCUCAAGGAGAAAUUGCGCGCACUUGUUGCAGUCCCACGGUUUGCCAGGAGGGGUCUUCGCAAGUUAGACGAAACUAGCCAAGGUGAUGAAACACUUGGAGGAAGCCAAAAUGGAACUGAUGAGGAAUGGUCCGACGUUGAUGGUCUUGUGCCUGUCGGGUUUGAUGGUGAUUUUGAUGAUGAAGAUGACGACGAUGAUGAUUCCGGAGAGGAUGACUGGAGCGAUGAAGAGGAUGAAUCACCUCCAGAUUUUGAUGACGGUGAGGGUCUGAACUUUGACAGGGAGAAGUUGCAAGUAGUUAAUGGCUCCAGAAAGCCUGAAGGUCAAGUUCUUGUUCCCACAUUUCCAGAUGGCAGGGAAAGAGAAAGAUGGUAAUUGAAAUUAUUUUGGUUUCUCAUUGACUAUUUAUGAUAAUGCCAAGAUCUAGUCACCAAUAUGAUAGUUCAAUCUACCUUGCAUAUGGAUUCAAUCUUGAUGAAAAUUUCGUGCAUCCUUGCUGUGUGUGGAGAAAUGAAUUUGAAUGCACAGACCACUUCUAAUUUUCGCUA